UGUCAAUGGAUCAAGUGCAGAAUGAAGCUCCCUACUAGGUUAGCUUGGGACAGAGCCUCUUACAAAAAGGCAGUCACCAAGGGCGUCGGAUUUAGAAAUUCACAACAGAGCAGCCAUGACGUUACCGAAAGCAGAGCAGGUUUUGAACGGAUGAGUAAGUCUACAGACAGCAGCUCGACUUCAGAUGGUUUCUCUCAAUGUAACAGCAACCACGUGCAGAUCACUAGUGACGUAUUGACUGCAGGUAGCUGUGGUGACAAUCAGUUGAAGCGUGUGGGCAGUGUGGAAAUUUCCACAUGUACAAGACGCCAGUUUGACAGGAGGUCACUCUUGCUUGGCGGAAGGAUGUACCUUCUGUUCCAUAUCAUUCCGGUGGUUUCUGCUUCUGUUUUGUUCUGGAUAGAGUUGGAUAUUCCGCCAAGUCAAUACAGAAACGGAACAAACGCUUCUUCCAAGAACUAUGAAUAUACAAUAGAUGAUAACUUGAUUAAUUCUUCAAAGGCUUCUCGAUUUUGUCAUCCUGAAUUGGUGAUGGAUAGGAAGGGAAAGUGUAUUCUGCCAUGCAACAAUUUUUCGUGGCUUCCAUCGCUUGAAAGACAAUUUAAUCUCAGGUUCAUGUAUUUUGCGUCAGUUACGUUUCUUGUAUUUGCUAUUGCAGCAACGAUAGUGUGGAUCAAGCUUCGUCGUGCCUUAUGGACAUUUCCUCACAUUAUGCCAUUGUAUAUUGUUCUGGCUGGCUCAGUGCUAAGCAUCUUUGCAAUUUGCUUUCUUGCUGUUGACCUGGAAUCAAGCUAUUGCAAUGAAAUGGACUUACUUCUGUUUGUAGACAAUCCGUCUUUACUUUGUAUUUUUGCUGGAGCUGUGACUACGUAUUUUCACUUGGCAGCGUUUUUUUGGUGGACAUGUUUCAUCUUUAACAUUUGUUGGGUGAUCAGUAAUCCAUUGAGAGCUCAAAAUUUUUUUCUUUCAGCAGGCAAGAUUCAUGCGAUUCAGUUGCUGAUAUGUUGGGUGGUACCAGCCUGUCUUGUGGUAUUACCACUAGCUUUGGAUAGAAAUUACAGCAUUGUAGAUUAUGGCUUUGGUACCAUUUUAUGUGGGACAAGUUCGAAGUGGGUUGCUUACGUCACCACUGUGAUACCUAUUCAGAUAAGCACUUUGAUAAUUAUUGUCGUUAUGAUGAAAGCUGGAAAUUAUUUGUAUAAAGCACAAACAUUUAGAGAAGAGGUGGUUUCCAAUUACCGGUCUAGUUUUAGAGAUACACAUGCAGGAAGUUCGGCAGUGGCAUUGGAUCGUCGUGUGCAAGAAAUUCAACAGCUCCGAAUAAAAUUUUCUUUUGUGGCUCACAUCUAUCCUCUUUCUGUGUCUGCCGUGUUGGUUAAUAUUGGUCUCAAAUCAAUGUAUGCAAACACAAUCCUUUAUUAUGUUGAAGAGUAUUACACAUGUUUGGUGUCGCCCUCAUUUCAUGCUGAACAAUGUUCCAAACAAUAUCUUGACUACCAAUAUCCUGCAUUUUCAAUUAUUGCAUUACUACUGGGACAAGCAGUGACCAUUCUAAUUAUGAUUUUUCUGUUCUCCCAACGGGUAGUUCGUACUGGAUUAUGGGACAUUACCAUAGGACUGAUCAAACGUGUUUGUUGCAAAGGAACUUCAUGAGACAUGCAACAGCAUGCCAAUGGCAGAUCUGAUAUUUUAAAAUGGUUUUGAAAGUAGCAGCAUCAGAAGCACCACCACCACCAUCACAACCACUACCACCACCACCACCACCACCACCAAGCACCAACACCACUACCAGCAGCGUCAGCACCAUGAGCAGCAUUACCAGCAGGAGACGAUAUAUUGUAGAAAGACUUGUUAGUUUAUUAAUAAUAUAUGGUCCUAGUAUUUAAUUAAUAUAUUAAUUGUUGUAAAUCUUUACUGCAAAAUGAGACAUAAUUUUUAAUUUGCUGAUGAUAAUCGAGUAACCUUUUGUAUAAUAAUUCUGGUUUGCCUUCAUAAAUUAAAAUAAUUUAUGUAAAUGUCUAUUAUUAAUAAUUUCAUUCUGAUAACCCUGUUUGUUGAAACAGUACAGUGCAUAUCUGACACCCUAGUGUAACCUCAUAUAUUCACACUAGCUGAUGUUAGGGGCCGACGAUUUGAAAGUCGUUUAUACUGCAUGUAUACGACUCGAUCUGUACCGGGUUCUCUUUUCCGUGUGAGCACGAGGGCCUUCGUAGGACACUAGAGAAUUUCAGCUUUUCCAGAUCUAUCUAGAGUCUUUGUCCUACGCCAGUGGUGUAGCCACACAGUGUACACUUUUUAGUACGUUUAAUUAAUUGAUCACUUUGUAUUGCGACCUUGAACCCGUCUGCUAGAUUGUACAUCUUAGAAUAAAAUGGUGUCUAUAAUUCGGAAUACGCGUGCAGGUGACAUUUUCACGGUAGCAGUCUGAGGUUUUGCUACGUAGAACAUCAACGGAGGUGACAUGUCACUAUUCUUUUGUCGCUGCAUUAAACAUUUUUUCAUUUUUUAUCUUAGUACGAUUUUUUGCGAUGGAGUGGUAUCAUAUCGUUCUCUCAUACGUUGUUUUUUAUUGCUUUAGAUUGCUAAACAAUUCAAAUUGCGAUGACAUGCAGGAAAUCAAUGCGCGAAACCAAUGCGCAAAACGGAUGAUUCGCCGCUUUUUCAUUAAUUAUUGUUGACAAGAGAACUCAAAAAAUUGCUAUCACUGUUCACUGCAGAGUAUCCUGGGAUAACAUGCCAAGAACAAGCGUCUAUAAGUACAAUGAACAAAAUGGCCGUCUUCCUUCUUCAAAGCAACUAAUAGCCAUCUAGAGAUGCGCAGUAGGUUGUCAGUACAGCUGCAAUCAUGACCUCAGAUUAUGUUAACAGAGGCGGCGGAACCAGGAGGCAGAGGGGGCAAUCGUUCCUUCAAUAUUUCGAGAGGAGGGGCGAGGAGGGCAAAGUCUUUCCAAUAUAUUAUUUAGCAAUUAUCAUUCAGAAUGGACCUUGUCUUGCACCUUGAUUGCUGAAUGAAAUAGUGCUAACAACGCUUCUUCUACAUUCUAACAGUCAACGAUGCAACAGAGGUAACCUAUACACGUUAGCAGCUGAGAACCUUAAAAAAAUUAUUAUAAUAUAAUAGAGACCUGAAUAGCGAGAUACAUGUCUUGCGUAUCACGUUGUCGACGUCUUCAUUGCCUGAGGCAAGCACUUCUUCUGAGAGCAAGGCUUUCAGAGAUUCAUGACUGAUUGAUCCAUUAGUAGACUCUUUGUCAAAGCAUAUACUGUCAACUGAAUCUCUAGGAUCCAUAAUACAGAUGAGGAAGGUGAACGACCCCUACUCGAUCGAUACCAAAGCUAUGUUACAAGUAGACUCCAAGAGCAAUUUUAGGCUGACUAGCUUGUAACCAUUGACCUUCUCCUUUGUUGUGUGUAGAGCUGAUCAACCCGUUGCAAAAGUUAAUUAGUCAAUGUAUCGUGAAACAGUGUAGCGAUCCUUUGAGAUUUAGUCCUUGCAUGCCAUGCAUAUGGAUAUUGUUUAUUAGGGACACAUGACAAAAUCGUAGCAGUAGCAUGCCGGACUGAGAGUCAUUCAAAUACACAAACCGGUUACAAAGAUUUUGAUCCGUCUUAGCAAUCUCGAAGGCUUCAAGCAUGUCUCUUUCGGAUAACCUAGCUAUAGCUGUUCGACAGGUGCAUGUGUAUAUCUAGGUCCUAAGGAUCAAUGUGCCUCAUGUUGCAACACAAAUUCGUUGAUGAAGAUUGGAUUGACGGAAAGAACAGUUGCUGUACAUCUCGCACUUCUCGUGAUCAGGCCUUUAUUGGAGCAAUGAGUAGACCGAUCUGUGACAAGCUCCAUGGAUCGAAUCAGUGGUGGUAACACUCAAUGGUCAUGACCGGGAGCAUGCAGAUGCAGUAGAACCAGAUGAAACUAAUUAUGUGCGCAUCCAAGACCGCUUGAAUCACUUUCCUCAUUGCAAGAGUUACAGAUUGUGGUAUAGCAAGCAUGCGCUUUAGGUGUGACUGCGGUUUGCGUACGUGUUAUAUUAGUCUAGCGUAAACUAGCGUUGAGUGAACUUGUGCAGUAGAGUACGUGUCGUUCACUGUAGUAGAAUAGACUCUGGUAUAACCGGUUCACUGAGUCGGUACACACGAUAUACUUAGCCUAGACUGUAACAGCGGAGUAGUAUUACGGCUUGUGAGCUAUACAACAAUUGACGACGAGGAUGGGAUUGAAGAAACAGCAAUGGGCAGCACCCAUCGUGGUAGUUCGAAAGGGGAAUGGAAAUGUUAGAAUAUGUGGCGACUACAAGGUCACCAUCAACCCCUAUAUUGAUUUGAAUCAAUAUCCGAUGACGAAUCCAGAUGACUUGUUUUCAACCUUAGCAGAAGGGAAUAAAUUUUCUGGAUCUCAAACAAGCCUAUCAACAAAUGUUAGUAGACCCCAGAAGUCAGCAAUACCUAAUCAUUAAUAUACACAAGGGCAUGUUUAGGUACACAAGGAUGCCAUUUGGCAUAAGCUCAGCACCCAGUA